AAUAAGAAAUUAUAUUUCAAUAAGAAGUGAAUUACUUCUGCCAGCGUCGCAAGAUGUGGACGUUCUAUCUGAUGAUAGUGUGGCUACCGCUCUUCCUAUUGUGUGAAUUCAUUUUCUCUGAGGGUGCCGGGUUUUAUGAAGGAGAUCAGUGUACAAGUGCAAUUGACGGUAGAAAAGGAAAAUGCUCGUCUGUCUACGAUUGCUCAUGGGCCAUUAGUAUGAUUCGUGCUGGACAGAAAGUGCACACAUGCAGCUUCAAUGGGAAGAUUCCGAUUGUCUGUUGUCCACUAGAUGGAAUGAAGGACCGAUACCAGACAUCGGAAGAAAUAAAGAGGAAGGAUUCAAGACUAUCUGGACAAAUGAGCAUAAGAAAAUGCGAAGAAUAUUAUCCCACACUUCGACGUCCGACAUUUGUUGUAGCUGCAGUAGGAGGCGAAGUGGCGUUGUCAGAAGAAUUUCCUCAUAUGGCCCUCCUCGGAUAUGGUACUGAGACAGAAAAAGAGUGGAAAUGUGGAGGUUCUUUGAUAAGUCUUCAGCACAUUCUCACAGCUGCUCAUUGCCUUCAUUCGCGUGACUUAGGAGAUGUGAAAUUUGUACGCCUAGGUGAAUUAGACAUAGCGAGUAAUAAAGAUAUAGCAGAACCUCAGGACUACUAUGUGAAGAGAGCCUUUCCACAUCCAGACUUUGAUUCGACAACGAUGAAGCACGAUAUAGCAAUUUUACAAUUGCACGAUAGCAUACGGGUCACAAGCUUCGUCAAACCAGCAUGUCUAUUUGUUGAGAGAGAUAUAGACGAAUAUUCUGAAAUCACAGCGACGGGAUGGGGUAUCACAGAAUUUGCAGGUGAACCUAGCAGUAAACUGAUAAAAGUCCGAUUGAAAAUAAUAGGAAACGAAAAAUGCAGACAGCAGUACGUGAAAAGUGGAGACUGGAGUGAAAUUGACGAUGAAAAUCAGGUUUGUGCCGGUUCUGCCGAUGAAGGAAAAAUUAUGGAUACAUGCCAGGGGGACUCGGGGGGUCCUUUACAAGUAACAAACUAUACCAAUUCCAAGCACUAUAUGAUCAUGGGAGUGACUUCAUUCGGAAAAGCUUGUGGGAUAGUAAACAGCGCAGGAGUUUACACCAGAGUUUCUUCUUAUUUAUCUUGGAUAGAAUCAAUUGUAUAUGAAGAUACACUUAAGAAGUUACACGCUACACACCUCUCAGAAGCAAUUUUGAAACAAUGCAUCAAAUAUUUCCACGUUUUAUUGGAGAAGAAACUUGUUCACCUUCAUUAUGUCUCCUCUUUAUCUACUGAUUCCUUUUCGAAAUCGAGUACUACUAUCAAGUGGCUUGAAGAUUCGCCCAUUCUUAAACGUUGUGAGAUAUUUAUAUACCUACAGUUCGGAACAAUAACAAUGCUUCUAUUUUUAGUAGCAUUAUGGUUUCCCUUAUUGGUGUUUUGCAAAGUUUUGUUCUCGAAUAAUGUACCCAACUUUUAUGAAGGUGAUCAAUGUACACUUGGGAACAGAAAAACGCAGGGUAUAUGUUUCUCAGUUAAAAACUGUUCCUGGGCUCUAGAAAGAAUAAAGCAAAGGCAACAUGUGGACCUUUGUGGGUUUAUUGGAAAAGAACCAAUAGUUUGUUGUCCCUCGAGUGAAAAAUUUGACUCUGGUCCUCUCCGACCAUCUAAUUCUUCUCUGUUGAACACAUCUAAUAAUUCUGCACUGCAAAAAGAUACUGCAUCAUCUAUAGCUUGGAGUAAAGAAAAAUGUGAACAGUAUUAUCCUCCCAGAGAAGGAGUAAACAUAGUGGGAGUGGGAGGAGAACGAUCAUUAGCACAAGAAUUUCCACACAUGGCAAUUCUUGGAUUCGGAGAUGAAGAUGAUAUAUCUUGGAAAUGUGGAGGAUCUCUCAUAAGCCAUCAGCAUGUCUUAACAGCAGCUCACUGUCUGAGCUCAAGAGAUUUAGGAACAGUAAAAUACGUACGUGUGGGCGAUUUGGACAUUCUCAACGACACAGAUUUCGCGGAACCGCAAGAUUUCAAGGUCAAAUUGGCCAUACAACAUCCCGAAUUCGACCCAUCAACUUUGAAACACGAUAUUGCAAUUUUGGUCUUGGACAAACCUGUAAGGGUGACAGAUUACGUGAAGCCUGCUUGCCUUUUCACUGGAGGAGCUGUGGAUGAAUAUGGAGAUGUCACAGCUACUGGUUGGGGAAUAACAGAGUUCGCAGGUCAACCUAGCAGCCAUUUGAUAAAACUCAAAUUGAAAAUAGUGGAUAACGCAGAUUGUAGAAAACAAUACAAGAAUGUUGGAAUUAAGGGAAUCAUAGACGCAGACUUACAAGUUUGUGCCGGCUCAGCAGAUCCAGGGAAGAUAGUGGAUACAUGUGAGGGUGACUCAGGUGGGCCUCUACAGUUGACGGAAUAUGUCCGUAGGAAGCAUUACUUGGUUAUUGGUGUGACGUCGUUCGGAAAAGCUUGUGGAAUCACUAAAAGUGCUGGUGUAUAUACCAGUGUUGCUUCACACAUUCCUUGGAUUGAAAAUAUUGUAACCAAUAAUUUAUAAAUGGAUUAUUAUAAGACUGGAAGAGAAUAAAAGGUUGUGUUUUU